AACAGUGAAACUAAAUCGGAUCUGACACGCCUGACAAGCGCUGAAUGAAUGGACUGCAAAGGUGCUCAGCAGCGCCCCAUGGUAGAAAUAUUUCUAAGGCAUAUUAAAAAUCUUGGUAAACCUUGAGGGAUGUUAAUUCCAUGAUGUAAUUACCAUACUGAUCACAAACUUUGUGUGUGUUUCAGUCUUACUGCUUGAAGGUCAAAGAAAUGGACGAUGAGGAAUACAGCUGUAUAGCGCUGGGAGAGCCGCUGUACCGGGUCGCCACUGGGAACUACGAGUACCGGCUGGUCCUGCGCUGCAGGCAGGAGGCCCGGGCGCGAUUUGCCAAGAUGAGGAAAGACGUGCUGGAAAAGAUUGAGCUGCUGGACCAGAAACACGUCCAGGACAUUGUGUUCCAGCUGCAGCGCUUCGUGUCGGGGAUGUCCUGUUACUAUGACGAGUGUUACGCAGUGUUGAAGGACGCCGAUGUGUUCCCUAUCGAGGUGGACCUGUCCCGCACCAUGCUGAACUACGGGGGACAGAGAGAGCUGUAUGCUGAGGAUGAGGACGAGGGGGGUGAAGAACAGCCUGAGGAGGGACAGGGGGAGCUGGGGGACGGAGAUGCCAGGCAGGAGGAGAAUGGAGAGAAACUCAUCGAUGAUGAUUAGAACAGAGUGUCUUUAUAGAAAUACAACACUCAUUAUUAUUAUUAUUAUUAUUAUUAUUAUUAUUAUUAUUAUUAUUAUUAUUAUUAUUAAUAAUAAUAUAAUCUCCUGCUCACAGCUUUGUUUAUUUAUUGGAGGGAGGGGAUUAUUUGGGGGAAACAUUAUACACAGUCAUCUUGUGCCUUGUUUCAACUGACUGGGUCUCAGAUUUAUUUUGACUAAAACACAUACCAUUUUAUAUGUUAAUGAACCAGUUCAUUUGGAAACAAGGCACUAGAGACUGUGAUCAGACAAGAGAUUGGUUUGCUUUAACAUGCCCUUACUGUCAGCUUAGCCACCAUACAUGUUUGCAGGCACUCCAUUGUUCUGUAGGUCUCCUGGCAUUCAUUUGAACACAUUAUUCUAUUUCAAUUUAACUUGAGUUAAUGCAAUUGUGUAUUUAUACUUCAGUACAACUGUUUUACCCCUUGCUGACACCGUAGUUUCGUUUUUUUGAUGAUGUAGCGGUUAUGAGGAGGUUUACAGAUGUAUUUAUUUUUGUAUUAUAGGAUUGUAGGAUAAACAAGAUGUACUCUGCCAGUAGCCGGUAGAUAUUGCCCGUCAGUUUUCAGAAGUUUCCAGAACUUUAUGCUGUGACCACAGAUGAAGUGGAUCUUGAAUUGCGACUUCAGUAACAAGCUGCAACACUCCUGCUGGGGGCAUUGAGAUUUUUUCUUCUUUUAAAAAUAUACACGGUUCAGUGUAGUAAUAUAUUAUUUCUCCUUUUAGAGAGCAGUCCGUGUUUAACUCGGCAGCCUUCAAGCUUUUGCACUGGAGAUGCCCCUUUCCCACUUGCCUAACAGAACUAACUGUAGCCUGUUGCACAUCUUUUAUGAGCACCAAAAAUAAAUGAUCUAUGAUACCA